GGGAGGUCCAGCCUGUACCGGCGGGACACAGCAGACUGUGGAAAGUCUCACGGCCGGACGAUAAGGAGGAAAACAGGCGGAGGAGUGAGAGAGAGGGAAGAUCCAGAGAAGAAUAGAGGAAAGAAACAACUUAAACAAAGAAUUUCAGCUUCAAAAAAAGAAGAAAAAAGAGUGUGGGAAAGGUCUGGGGACUGGGGGAGGGGCCAGGACGACAGGAGGACAAGACACUGAGGUGUUGAUAGAGCAGGAGGGGGAACUUCAGAGGAACUCAUAGUAAAAGAGAGAGAGAGAGAGAGCAGAGAGAUCAGUCAGUGGAGAGGGGGAGCACCGGCGGAGAGAAAGAAAGUGUAGAACUGAAGAGUCUACAGUCUGCUCUUACUGGAAGAAGUGAUUCAUACUGGAAUUAGCACUGAUAACACGAGACUGGUAGAGACACCCUCACUUCUCUGAGCUUCUGGACUUAUAGUAUGGAGCUAAAGUGGAGUUUUCUGCUACUGGGCUCCUUGCUCAUCCUCCUACCGGCAUUUCUUAAUGUGGCUGAUGGUGCACCGCAGUGUAAACUUGGACAUCGGGCAGUGAAGGGCAGUUGCGUAGAUGAUGAUGAGUGUGUGGUAAAUCCAUGUGGAGAACAUUCACUGUGCCACAACACAGAGGGAAGCUACUACUGCACCUGCCAACAGGGGUUCCAUAGUCGAUCUGGUGCCCAGAACUUUACUGCCACCAAAGACCAGUGUAAAGAUAUAAACGAGUGUAUGACCAGCAGUCCAUGUUCAGAGAACUCGUACUGUUCUAACACCCUCGGCUCAUUCGCCUGUACCUGUUCACCUGGGUUCCAGAAACAGUCAGGAUCUAAGUGUACAGACAUUGAUGAGUGUGUGUCCCUUCGCUGUGGUUUAUAUGGCUCAUGCAGUAACACACCCGGCAGCUUCAACUGCACUUGCCGUGAGGGGUUUAAAAACCUGGGGAACAGCAGUACCCCCUGUAAAGAUAUUGAUGAAUGUGACAAAAUGGAACAUAUAUGUGGAGAAAACGGGAGCUGCAGGAAUUCACCUGGAAGCUACAGUUGUGAAUGCAACCCUGGAUACAGUAACUAUGGAAACAAAAAGACCAAAUGUACAGAGCUGAAGUGUGAAAGUGGCACAACAAAACCCAAACAGGCUGUAAUGGGUGAUUUAAUGAAUCUGUUCAUGUCGAGCUGUCAAUCACUGAGUCAGCCAAAAGAACAGCAUCGCUCAGGAGAAGCUUUACUGAAGCAACUGCUGAACGUGAGUGGUGAGGUUGUAUCCAGUGAGGAUUUCAGGGACAGUUCUACACUGACUGAGUUUCUGGGGGCAAUGGAGAAAACCCUCCGGCUGGUCGGACCCCAGCUCGAGCAACCCAUGACCAAAGUAGACAGUGAUAACUCCGAGGCGUGGCUUGCAGUGAACAAAGAUCCGAAUCGGCCCAAUGGCAGCGUGAUCCUGAACACUGAUGACGUUCACCUGAACGUCAGCUGGAAGACGGCCUGUGGGGAGGAAUAUCCAGGUUUUGCUUACGUGGCUCUAGUCAGUUAUAAAGGUCUGAACUCCACAAGCACGUCGGUUCUGGAGAAUCCGGAUCCUAAAGGCAGGAAUUCCAGCUCUUGCCAGCUCAACUCCAGAGUGGUGACGGCUCUCGUCAGUAACCCUCAGACCCAAAACCUUCCUGAACCCGUUACCCUCACCUUCAAACACCUGCAGGAGGGGGCGGUGUCUGAGCAAAUGAACUACAGCUGUGUGUACUGGGAUGAGUCUCACGGUGGAGGGGUGUGGUCUGGGCGGGGCUGCGUGAAGGCAGAGUUUAAUUCCACACAUGCUACCUGCUCCUGGUCUCACCUGAGCAGCUUUGCGGUAUUAAUGGCGCUCUAUCCAAUCCAGGAUACGUUUGAGCUGGUCCUGAUCACCCGGAUCGGUCUCUCUCUCUCACUGGUGUGUUUGCUGGUGUGUAUCCUGACUUUCUCGCUCUGCCGCUCCAUUAAAAACACCCGUACCACUAUCCACCUCCACCUGUGCAUCUGCCUCUUCAUCGCCGACUUCCUCUUCCUCUUCUUCAUCUCCAGCACCAGAGACAGGGUGGGAUGCGGGAUAGUCGCCGGUCUGCUUCACUUCUUCUUCCUCUCGGCGUUCUGCUGGAUGUUGUUGGAAGGGGUCCAGCUGUAUCGGAUGGUGGUCAAAGUUUUCCACACCACGCUUCACCCCCUUCAAAUGGUUGCCGCGGGAUACGGAGUGCCAUUGGCCAUCGUCAUCAUUUCCGCCAUCGCUUACCCUAUGGGAUACGGAACGGACCGACACUGCUGGCUCUCUCUAAAAGAAGAUUUUAUCUGGAGCUUCUACGCCCCCGUCUGCAUCGUCAUCAUGAUCAACAGCUUCUUCUUCGUCAUCACUGUCUGGAAACUGGCGGGAAAAUUCUCCAGCCUUAACCCAGAUCUGUCCAAGCUCAAAAAACUCAGGAUGUUCGUGGUGACAGCCGUGGCUCAGCUGUGUGUGUUGGGGGGGAUGUGGGUGUUCGGCUGUUUCCUGUUUCAGGAGCAGGGCACUGUGGUUAUGCUCUACCUGUUCACCAUCCUCAACAGCCUGCAGGGGGCGCUCAUCUUCAUCAUGCACUGCUUAAUGAGCAAAUCAGUAAGACAGGAGUAUAGCAAGCUGUGUGGUGGAAUCUGUACAUCACAGAAGAAGAGAUACUCCGAGUUCAGCACCAACCAAUCCAGCAACAGCCAGGGACCUCUGAAGAGCGCUCCAAGUACAGGAGAAUCUCAGAUAUAACAGUUUUGUGAAUGUGGAGCUUCGCAAGUGCUGCAUUUCAAACCGUUUUUAUUUUUUACCUGCAACACGAGGAUUCAGCAAGAAAAUACAUCUUCUCACCUGUUUUCGCAGCAGCUAAUAAGGGCUAAGACUAGUCUUCCAUUCGGCCAAUAGGAACAGACUAGUUCUAAAGGGCCCAUAUGGUAGAAAAACUGAUUUCCUCAGUUGGUUCAUUAGAAAGAGUUUUUAGUCGUAUAAAAAUAUCGUUAUUUUAAAAAUUCUUGCAUUCUUUUAAACCAAUGCAUUUGAUGACCUCUACUCACUGUCUUAACAAUAAAUGGGCGGAGCUUCAUCCUCUCACAGCCAAUCAGAGAGGAUUUAUAAAUGAUGAUUCAAAAAGGCAGCUUACACUUUAUUUUCCAAUAUCCAUAAGUUUUAAAGUUAGAAAUUUUGGAAUUAUAUAAAAACAACUAUAUAUAUAUAUAUAUAUAACAAUUUAUUCUCUCAGAGAUUUACUGUAAUAUCAGUCUAUAGACAUAUAGACAUAUAGAGUAUGAUUACAGAUGAUCUUUUAUUGUCUAUCGCUUUGUUUUUCUGAUCUGAGAUAAGUUGUUUUUAUUAAAAAUACAGUUACUGUUUAGCAGUAGUUGAAUUUUUAGCACAUUUUUGCUGAUUAUUACGUGCAAACAAGAUGUUUAAGGUACUUUUAACACAACAAACAGAAAACAUAGAAAACCAGAGACAAGCUUUUAAGUGCUUAAAGAAAUUCAAAACUUUAUUUAUUGUAAAAAAAAAACAAGAGUACAAAUUUUUGCCUGUAUUAAAAGUAAAAUGUGAGCAAAUCUGCAAUAUUUUAUGGGUUGCAUAAAAUCUAUCUACACUUUAACUGUGUUACUCUGCUAGCUAUCUAUAAACUAUAUUAUUUUUAAAUUCGUACAAUGACUCGUGCACCUGCCUUUCUACUUUAUAUUCUAUAUUGAAGGUUAAAUAAAACCCGUGAAUGUGCAUUUUUGCUUUUCUUUUUAUUUUAUGUAAUACCUCUUUGUAAGUUUUGCUAUGUUUUGCAAAAUUCAAAGGAAGGGAAAAUCCAUACGAGCACAAUCCAGUUCAGCUCUUCCUCAACAGAUUUUAUCUUUUUUUGUUUGUUUUUUUGUUACAGUGAAGAUGUCCAUUAGUAUUUUUUUAAUUUUAUUUUUAGUUUUAUUUCUUUAAAUGUCAAUAUUUGUGAUGAUUUUAUUUCGUCUGAGCACUUUCAUUUUCUUUGUCUUAUUGUAAAGAUUUUAGCAUUGUUUUAGUUGAAAAAAGUUGUUCAUUCUGUAAAUACAAUUACAUUUUUAAUUGUAAAAACCAUUCUGUAUCAUUGGGGAGAUUUUAUUGUUUUGUUUUGUUUAGUUUUUUUGUUUUUGUUUUAUUGUUUCAGGAUUUUUUUGUACUUGACUUUUAGCUUUGUUUUUGCAUUUUUUUUUACUUUAGAAAUAUUGUCUUAAGUUUGUUCUCCCGAUGAUGCUCAGGGCUGAAACCCUGAAUAGGUACUGUUUUCUUUCUCAGCCUUAAAUAAAAUAAAAUAAAACAA